AGGAAAAAAAACAUAAUCAAACACCAGCCAGUGAUCAACAUGACGUCUCAGCAGGGAGAAGUGGACGAGCUGUUCGAUGUUAAAAAUGCAUUUUAUAUCGGGAGUUAUCAGCAUUGUAUUAACGAAGCUCAGAAAGUGAAGACGUCUGGACCAGAGAAGGAGCUGGAGAAGGACAUUUUCCUGUACAGGGCGUUCAUUGCACAGAGGAAAUAUGGAGUGGUGUUGGAGGACAUAAAGCAGAGUUCCUCAGAGGAGCUGAAGGCCGUCCGGAUGUUUGCGGAAUACAUGUCCAGUGAGGCCAAAUGUGAUGCAAUCGUGGCUGAGCUGGAUAAGAAGAUGAGCAAGAACGUGGACGUUUCUAACACUACCUUCCUACUGAUGGCCGCCUCCAUCUACCUGCACGAGGGCAACACGGAUGCCGCGCUGCGCACUCUGCAUCAGGGCGAAAGCCUUGAGUGCAUGGCAAUGAGCAUCCAGAUCCUUCUCAAGCUGGACAGAGUGGACGUGGCAAGGAAAGAGCUGAAGAAGAUGCAGGAGCAGGACGAAGAUGCCACGCUUACACAGCUGGCCACGGCCUGGGUGAACCUCGCUGUUGGAGGGGAGAAGUUACAGGACGCCUUCUACAUCUUCCAGGAGAUGUCCGACAAAUACUCACCUACCCUGAUCCUGCUGAACGGUCAGGCCGCGUGUCACAUGGCCCAGUGCAAAUGGGACGAGGGCGAGUCGGUCCUGCAGGACGCCCUGGACAAAGACAGCAGCAACCCUGAAACACUCAUCAACCUGAUCGUGUUGACACAGCACCUGGGAAAGGCACCUGAGGUUACGAAUCGCUAUUUGUCUCAAUUAAAGGACGCCCAUAAAUCUCAUCCGUUCGUAAAGGACUAUCUCGCCAAGGAAAAUGAAUUUGACAGACUGGUGAAGCAGUACGCUCCCAGUGCCUGAGCUGGAUCAACCAUGAUCAGCGUUUGUCCUUUUUGUCUUCUGCAGUCUGUUCUGAGUUAUUUCUAUACGCAUUCCUGUAUUCUGAUUUAAUAAAUGACUUUAUCAUGUGA